AUGAUAUCCCGAAAACUAAAAUCAAAUUUAAAAACUAUAUUUUUACCUUUAGUAUUAAUAAUCAUAUAUACAGCUUUGAUAAAUAUAAAUAUACCAGAAUUAGGAGAUAUAAUAUUUACCCAAACAUUCAUUUUACAAAAAUCAAAUUUUAUUUGUAAUUCAUUAAAUUUAAAUAAUAAUGAAUUAUUAUUAUUAUCUCAACAUUUUCAAAAUUCCAAUUCAUCGUCACCUUUUGCGAUAACCGCUGAAAAACAAAAAACUUUAGUUGAUCGAAUUGAUCGAAUGCAAGAUGAAAAUCGACAAUUAUUAUCAAGGUUAACGGAUUUAGAGAAUGUAUUUAAAUCAUCAACAUAUUCAAUUGGACGUAAUGUUAAUAUUCGAUAUCAAAAAGAUUUUUAUUAUAAUAGUGAUAAUAAAGAAGAUUAUUAUUUGAAGAGAAGGAAAUCAUUAUUUUCAAUAUCAUCAAGUAGUAUUAAUUGUAGUAGUGUAUUCUCAGUAGCACAUUUUUCAAAUGAUCGAAUUGAUACUGAUAUUACAGAUUAUGAAACUUAUGAUCUUUAUGGAAAGACAAAUGAAAAAUCAGAAUCCGAGAAUAAAGAAUAUUGGAUGAAUAGAAUCGUAAAAAUGUUGGAAGAAGAAGAUCCACAAAAAUCAUAUAAUUUAGAACAUGUUACAGCUGGUGGUAAUGGAAAAAUAUAUAAAGCAGAACGAAUCAAUUCCAUCAAUUCAAAUAAUAUCAACAACAACAAUAAAAUUUAUGCAAUUAAAGCAAUUUCAUUAUCCACCACCAAAUUAUUAAAUCUUACAUAUGCCGAAAUAAUUGGAGGAUCAUUAUGGGAUAUUAGAAAUCGUAAACCCAAUAAGCGAUUUAAUGAAAUGGAAAUUACAUUUGUUAUGAGAGAAGUAUUAAAAGGAUUAGAAUAUAUACAUGAUUUAGGGAUUAUACAUCGAGAUGUGAAAGCUCAGAAUAUAUUAAUUGAUAAUGAUGGCAAGGUUAAGAUUGCUGAUUUCGGAUCAGUAUCAUUGUGUUCAAAAGCCUCAUUGAAAUUAGGAACUUUAUAUUGGAUGGCUCCAGAAGUAUUAAGAGAUAAUCAAGUUUACGAUUGCAAAGCAGAUAUUUGGUCGUUGGGUAUAACAGCAAUUGAAUUAUUUGAUGGAAGACCACCUUGUGUUUCCGAAGAUUUUGAUUCAUUUUUAAGAAAUUGUUUAACAAUGAAACCUCAAGAACGUCCUAAUGCAAAUGAAUUAUUGUCACAUGAAUUUUUGGAUCAUUAUAACGAAAUAAGAAGUUGGAAUGAUUUGAAAUAA